GUCUGACCAAUAGGAAUCUCCGAAACUUCCGCAGGAAUAGAAUGGAUAAAGCUAAACUAGCGGGUCAGAAGGGGGCCAGUGUGUGAAUUCGAAUGCCGUGUUAUUAUCUGUUCUCGUCCCGAUUCGUGCUUAAUGACGGACGACAAGAGCCGAAUUGAUCGGCUCAGCCGGGGAAGCGUGACGUUAGUAGCUCGCGAGCGCAUUCGGAUGUGAGCGAGAGACACCAGAGGACGAGUUCGUGAUCCUCUCUUCUGCCCACAAGAAAGACAAGAAUCACCGCACUGUCACACGGACACAACCGGGAAGAUGGAGUGAGCAACCCGUUUGCUGGAAAUUGCACUUUUGUAAUUCAGGCAUCUUUUAAAAAAACAUGGAUUACAGGAAAAUGACUUUAUAGAUUCAACGCAAUUGUGGAACAAACUUUUUCUUUUGGAUGGACCUUGCAAAUAUGAUCUGAGCUGAGGGAUUUGUUCCUUACUUGAUGCAAUGGAAAUAUGAAAUAUGCAUGCUUUAAAACGGACCUGACGCCAGCCAAAUGAUCACAGACUUCGACAUGGCAACUCGUGCAGGUUUGGUUCGUGGCGCGCGAUCAUUCACUUGGCCUUUCGCUUGUGUGUUGGUGUGUUUUAGUUGUUUUUCCAUCGCCUCCUCCAACCGCCACGGCCGUCGGUUGAUUUGCUGGCAAGCGAUACUGAACUGCCAGUCGGAGCAGGAGUGUCAUUACGCUUAUGACCAGUAUUUGCACGCAUGUGACUCGAUCCUGAGCGGCCAGAGGAAGAAGUGUCCCAGUCACUGCAUCUCGUCGCUGGUGCAACUCAACCUGACCAAGAGCGGCCCGGCGCUGGAGGACUGCAGCUGCGCCUCGGACCCCCGCUGCCGGGAGAUUAAACGAGCCAUCGAGCCGUGCUUACCCAAAACCAGCAGCAUGGGCUGCACCGAAGCCCGGCGCCAGUGCGAGAGGGACACCCAGUGCCGAAGCGCCAUGGGCGAUUAUUUACGCCACUGCGGGAAACUCUUCAGCGGCUCCAGCUGCUCGAACCCGUGCCGCAAUGUCAUCGGGUACAUGCGCAAACUUCCCAAAGCUCAACUUCUGGAUUCUUGCGUCUGUGAUGGUUUAGAGCGGACUGUCUGUGAGUUUAUCAAAACUAGUAUGAAAACGCUUUGCUUUGGCUCUCCCCCCGUGGAUGAAGAAGGCUCCAGUGGGUUGGACGAUGAUGAACCCGAUGAUGAGGAUUACCCAGAGCCAGAGUCCACGAGGAACACAGGUUCUGCUUUUGUGGCAUGUUCUGUUUUGACUGUGGUGGCAUCCAUUUUGGCUCGAGUGCCGCUUCCUUGAUCAUUUUGAAGUCGAGUUAAUGAUCUGCUCCAACGGCUUUUCGGGAAUAGUGCAUUUUGUCAUUUUCUCCUGCUUUCCAGUUCGUUUUAUGUCGUGCUGUUGUUUAAACAUUUAUUCCUUAAAACGGUCUAGUCUUUAUUUUUAUGUAUCGCAAGCAAUCCAAUAGUGACUCUCAUAAUCAACUUUUAUCAGGUGUUCAAUAAGUGCUAAGGUGCUUGUUUUUUUUUUUUUCUCUUCUACUAGUUAAAGUAGUUUUCCCAGUGUCUAUCCCAUUUUUUUUCUAGUAAACUUUAUCUCACUAGUUACUUGUUAGUUACCUUUCACUGGUCAUAUAAUGACAAGUCAGAUCAGUAUGCUGAAAAUCUAAAUAGAGUCUAGCAUGUGCCAAAUACUUUCUGAACCACAACUCUGCAUGGAAGUUAAUGGCAAAAAUCAAUUUCAUACCAGUAACAAUUGAUUCGUUACUUGACAUGACUCGGGAUAGUGACUUGUAGCAAAAUAAUUAGGAAUUACACUGAAUUAAUAAAUACUAUUUACUAAAGAAUCCAGUGUUUUGAAGAAAAUGUCAUUGUUGAAUUACUUGAUAGAAAAAAGCACUAGUAACAUAAAAAUAUGAAUUAGUGAGCUUUAAGGCGUACGUGUAAACACAGCUCGACAUGAUUUUGUUCCAAAGAGUACAAGUUAAUCUUUGUGUGACACUGAGGUGCAGCUCUUAUCCAGAAAUUGUCACAUUGUAAAUGUGUUUUGAUUCACUGUGCUGAUGAUUUACAGUUACAGAUUCAGCGCAGGUGAACAAUGCUUUGUCUAAUGAAAGUUUUUAACUAUCAAGCUCAAUUUCUGAUUCUGAAGUUAAAAGCAGGGAUACAAAGUACUUUAGGUCAGUCAACUGCCUUAAACACCAGCUUGCCUAUUUCAAGUGCUGUUUUGUAACAGACAAAUGUAUUUCCUUAAAGAUAUAGAAAAAGUUUAUUUUGUUACCUAGACAUUUUAACCGUGAAAGUUGUAAUUAUAAAAUUGUGCACUGCCAAUAUAAAACAAAUUUUUUAAAAAAAUAUGUAAAGUAUUUUUAUAAAGUUGCAAAUGAUUUUGGAUUAGUUCCUUCUGUAAAAAUGUUUGGAAUGCUGGAAUGAAUAAGGAGUAGAUCUCCAUUUUAGCUGGUAACAUUUGAUACAUCUUAUGAAAGUCAUAGAGCUUCAAGACAGCAAACUUUAUUUUUUUUCUUAAAGUAACCUUCAAAAUAAAGGGUGAUGAUUCCAGCUUUAAAGGGAAGUAUAUUUUUUUGUUGUGUUGUAAUUAUUUCUCUUUUAAGAUAUUGUACAGUGUACAGAUUGUCAGAGAAUUUUUUAAUUGUUAUCUAAGAUGAACUAUUGACAAAAAAUGUCUAAAUGUCUAAAUUCACUGUAUGACUGCCUCAGUGAUGUUCUUUUUAUAGAAGGCAUAAAAACAAAAGUACAACGA